ACCACAAGUUUCGUACCUGCUUACGAGAGAAGUGCUCGUUCCUCAAAGACAUUUUAGCGGUCCAAUUUGCGAAAAAAUGAUUCUGAUAUUUCUAUCGUGUCUAUUGUUAAUACCAAAUUCCCCUGGAAGUGCCUUGUGUCCUCGCAAAAUACCGCAAGACUUCAACCAGAUUGUUGUCCAAUAUGGACGUGAAAUUGAAGAAUUUGACGUUGUUACAGAUGAUGGAUACAUCCUUAAACUGUUCCAUAUCACAGGCAAUGAGUCCAAGCAGCCUGUCCUGCUGAUGCACGGGCUCUUCGAUUCGGCCGACACAUUCGUCAUCAGAGGCAAGUCGUCCCUAGCUCUGAGCCUGGCCGAGGCAGGCUACGACGUGUGGGUCGGCAACUCCAGAGGAAACAAGUACUGUCGGCGGCACGUCAAACUGUCACCCGAUCUCGAUAAGAAGGAAUUUUGGGAUUUCAGUUUUCACGAAAUGGGAACAUUGGAUCUACCCGCUACUAUCGACUUCAUCUUAGAGAAAACCAGUAAAGAUCAAUUAUCCGCAAUUGGACAUUCUCAAGGUAAUAUGAUUUUAUUCAUACUCGGAUCAUUGAAGCCGGAAUACAAUAAAAAGAUAUCUAUUUUAAUGGCUUUAGCACCUUGUGUACAUUUAAAACAUUUUCCACAAUAUUACACCAUGACAGCUAUGCUGUGGCCACUAAUAAGCGCUUGGUACGAAGGUCUAGGAGUUGAAGAGGUACUACCGAAUCGAUCUGCCCUAGUUGAGUUAGUAAAAUUUAUUUGCAAACAGGAAAUGUUCGGCUACGAGUUCUGCAUUAAUGUUAUAGGCGCCAUUAUUGGUGAUGAUCCAGAAGAAUUGGAGGCUGAUUUCCUAAACGUUGCGCUAGAGCACUUUCCGUGUGGCACGUCGCGUAAAAACGUAGAGCAUUUUUAUCAAAUAUUAAUGGGUCCCUUUGCCCAACUUGACUAUGGUAUGAUAAAAAACAGACGAUUGUAUAAAACAUCAUCGCCCCCGAAGUAUAAGAUACCCAAUGUGACAAUGCCCGUGGCUCUCUUGGUGGGGAAUAAUGACUUACAGUCUACGAUUCCCGACGUCAAACGCCUAAAACACGAGCUUCCAAAUGUAGUGUACUACCACGUCUUGGAUAGACUUAACCACGCAGACUUCGUAUGGGGAAGACAUAUGCAGGAUUACAUAGUUCCUGUUGUAAUAGAUUUACUUAAUAAGUUCUCAUAGGCUAAUUUCAGAGUGGAGGCGGGCGCGGGCUCUUGCUCGUGUAUAAAUCAAAAUACAGGGUGGAAACGAUAAUGAUCUCACUGAAUUAUUUCUAAACUAUACAAGAUAUCGAAAAACUGGUUACUGAUCCUGAAAGUGCUUUCCACCCUGUAUACAUGGACGCCAGUUGUUUUCACAGUGCUCCUGCAAGCCGCGCGUCCACUUGUGACAAACGCGGACGCGGGUGAUGUCUAGAGGCUCGGUCCGCCCGUACUUUUACAGUGAUAAUGCGUCUGUUAGGUGAUUGCGCGUUCUAUAAAUUAUUUUGAUUCACACUGUGAACACGAAUACGCCAAGACCCAUACGCCCGCAUCUGAGGCCGACUUCCACCCAAACUACUGAUUUUUUGUCAGCCUAUAAUUUGGUCGGCUUCUAAUUUGUAUGAGGAAUCAAUACUCUUAGAGCUUGUUUGGGACUGAUACUUAAGUCCAAACGUUUUUAUUACUUUUUAUUAUACUUACAAUUUUUUAUUGAUUUUGUAUCUUUAUUUGUGAUGUGUCUGCGCAUUUUGCGCAAUGAAAGAAUUUUAUUUUACUUUGCUUCUUGAAUUGCAUAGUGACAUAGAUAAACAAUUGUUACCUUGUACUUGUACAAUGUACUUGUACCUAUUUUAGAUGAUUAAUUUAUAAUUAUUAUUGAAACUAGUGAAAUUCAGUUUAUUACUCUUAGGCUGGGUUGCACC